AGGAGCUCGAGGCUGAGGGUAGCGGGUGAGCGUGGAGCAACCGGGGACGCUGGGCCGCGGGCGCUUCAGCGAUGUUUUACUCAGGGCUCCUCAGCGAGGGCGGCCGCAAGGAGACGGACAUGCGGGAGGCGGCGUCGUUGCGGCAGCAGCGCCGGAUGAAACAGGCCGUUCAGUUCAUUCAUAAGGACUCCGCCGACCUGCUGCCCUUGGACGGCCUCAAGAAGCUGGGCUCGUCCAAGGACACGCAACCUCAUAACAUUCUGCAGAGGCGCCUCAUGGAAACCAACCUGUCUAAACUUCGAAGUAGUCGUGUCCCUUGGGCCUCCAAGACCAACAAAAUGAAUCAGGCGAAGUCUGAGGGACUAAAGAAGUCUGACGAUGAUGACAUGAUUUUGGUUUCUUGCCAGUGUGCUGGAAAAGAUGUGAAAGCCUUGGUUGACACAGGUUGUCAAUAUAAUCUCAUCUCUUCAGCCUGUGUGGAUAGACUGGGACUCAAGGAGCAUGUCAGAUCUCACAAGCAUGAAGGAGAGAAGCUUUCUCUUCCCCGACAUCUGAAAGUAGUGGGCCAGAUUGAGCACCUGGUGAUCACGCUGGGCUCCCUCCGCCUGGACUGUGCAGCAGCUGUGGUUGAGGACAAUGAGAAAAACUUGUCCCUUGGUCUCCAGACUCUCCGAUCCCUUAAGUGCAUCAUAAAUUUGGAUAAACACCGGCUGAUCAUGGGGAAGACAGACAAGGAAGAAAUCCCUUUUGUGGAGACUGUUUCCUUGAAUGAAGACAACACUUCAGAAGCAUAACUACAGACUGCAGCAUGUCUGCACAUGUGCACACAUAUCAGGUUGACAGAUUGAGAAAAUUGGGUUUGAACCAAAUGCAGUAGCAACUUGCUGUGGACCAAGUCCUUCCCUCUAAUAGAAGCUCCAGGGGCUCCUUCCACCCAGACUUCUUUAGACUUUAGUCCGUGCUUAGAGAUCUUAUCUGGUUAUAGCCAUUGUUUUUUACUCCUCUGAUCACUUAAUUUAUAGACCUUUUGACACUGCCAGGUCUCACUUGUGGCCUACUUCUCUGCUUCUUUCAAGAAUUUGCUUUUAUUAGUAUAGGGGCUGCCAGGUUCUCUUUCUCCAUAGAUACACUUGCUUCCUUUCCUAUAGUUAAAAUGUAUAAUAAACAGGAACCUGACCUUUACCUCCAGCUGUUUCAAAGAGGUGCAGGAUACCUAUGUCUCAGAAUUAGAAUUUCUUCUAAUUCAUUCAUGAUUUAUCAAGAAUAAGUUUAUCUGAAAGAGCCCAGAGAGAUCAUCUAGUCCAAUUUUUCAUUUAUAGGUCCAGAGAGGCAAAUGAAUUAUGUAAACUGUUACACUAAGUCAGUGGCAGAGGAACCUAGAACUCAGACUUGACAAGCCAAGGCUAUGUUCAUUCUCCCAUGCUGCUUCUUUUGUAUUCAGGCCUUGAAGGAGGAUGAAGAGGUAAGGUUUUAAAAAGGCAAGGUAGGGGAAGGAUUUGCUUUGGAGAUGGAUGCCAGGAGGUUCUGGGUAGCCCUUCCUCCCAUGUGCUAAGUCUGCUAAAAUUCUCUGCCCCAAAUUGUCACAUUUAGGACCUUAUUUUGGUGCCUAAAACCUGAGGGUGCAAAAAUGAGUGGGAUGACCUCUUACCUGAACUUCUUGGAGGUGAGGAGAAGGAAUCACAGCCAGAAGAACAUUAAUCACUUUAUGAGAUGGAAUUGAAGGCUUUGGUAAAUAAUCUGGGGAUCAUUAUUAAACAUUUUUACCCCCAAGAUCUGGUCAGUAUUUCUGCCCAGCCUGUUAUUUGUCUGCCACAGACUCAACUAGCUAAGAUCAGGAAUAGGGAAAGGAGAUGAAAAAAAAUCCAAGCAGAUCCGGAAUAUAAGGAAGUACUGAGUAGAAUCAGUUGGUGGGAAGUCCUACCUAUGGAAACCUUUCCGGGCUGGAGGUCAGGAAUGAAAUUUCCAGACAGGGAACUGAAGGUUGGAAACUCUUCUGCCUUGUUCUGCUUCAAGAAAAGAGGCAGGGCAAGAGCUGACAGUGUUAAGGACAACAUUUUCCUGCUGCGCAAUGUCUGCUGACCCUUCUCAAGAUGUUGGAGAUCACAGGGGUUCCUCAAAGCUUUUUUGGGGGGUGUCAGUUUAGGCACACAGAUACCUGUAAUGAAUUCUCCCCUUCAAUUUGGUCAUAGAAGUACAUGGAGAAGUCAGAAAAAUAAUCAGCUGCGAAUAUCUUCUUAUGAGAUUUCCAAGCCUGCCCUUGGUUCAUAGCAGUAGUUUCCAGAGCAUUCAAUGGAUCCCACUUUGAAUUUUGCCAGGUCCCACCAACAAUCUUGUCAAGUGUUCAGCUCCUGCCUCUAUCAAACAACUCUUUGGAACUCUGAAUGUUUUUAGACUUACAGAAGCUCCCUAAAGGCUAGGAACUUAAUGACCCCCAUUUGAACAGCUAAGCAGCCAUACUGCAGCCUGGGUCACCCCUAAACCCCCUUAUCAGUCUUUAUAGUGGGAGCAAGAUGGAAAACUAAGCACAGCCACAGCAAGGAAGGCCAUAUCUAAACUUUAGCAAGGGGAUCUCACGCACCUUAUCAGCCUUCAGUGCCCCCUCCAAAUUCACCCCCUUUUUGCCUGAGCAGGGCAGUGGGAGGGGGGUCUGUGCCUUUCCACUGAGGCCUCUCCGCUCUCCUACUCUACCUCUUAUGGCACCAGUUUGCCCUCCUCCUUAUCCUAAGGCUGAGUUGAAAUACUUCACCCCUUCCUCCUGAGGUUGAAUAUUCUACUCAAGCCUUGACUCUUGGCCACAAGUAAGGCAUGUUGGAAGUUCCUGGGCCUGGCUUAUCCUUAUUUGGAUUCCAUGUAGAUGAGGUGAAGCCAGGAAUUCUUAGGUGUUGGAAAGAUGUGACUAAUUCUGCCCUUUGAAUUCAGGAUUCUGUGGCAUCAGAGGGAUGAUUAGAUGAACUUUAGUGAUCUUUUUGGCUUCUGAGAAUCCGUCACUGAAUUUCCAAUUUUGGAAUAGAAACAGUUGGGGUGAUCUGAGCUUAUGGUAUCAUAAUCUCACUCUCUGCAGUCAGAUCAUUUGAAUUCACUAGACAAAUAAUUGUACUUUAAACCCCAGGCUUGACAGAGGUACCUAAAAAUGUCUAAAGACAACUAUGGGAAGUCUUGAGCUUCAUUAAUCUUUAAAUGCUGCCAGGCUGAUUGUUCUGAUAGCCCAUAUCUCCUUGAUAUUCAUGAGGGAGUACCUGAUCUACCUUUCAGGGGCUGGCAAGAUGAAAAGGUAAGGUUAGUUCUUCCCAGAAUCCUAGAAAAUUAUCUCUGGCACCUCUGACUCAGGAUUGGGGAAGAAAGUGUCUAGCCACACUGUGUUCUGAAGACAGGCAGUAGCAGGAAGUAAGCCUAUAGAACUAAUACCCCUCUCAUUCCUUAUUAGAUGUCCAUCACAAAUAGGAAGUUUGAAAAAUAUUGUUUUUGUUAUUUGGUAUAUCUGUGCCGGAGUUACAUGAGGAAAAAAUGUUUUCUGACUUUUCUAUUUCCUUGCCUUGCACAGACCUCACCUGGUAAGAUUUUCUAUUCCUUAGCUAAAGUGUCUGUAGAAUGGAUCACUUAUUAUGUCAGCUGCCCUGACUUUUGUGUAAUAGAAAUAUCUUUCCAGGCUGGAAACAUGGAGGAGAUGAACUGGAUUCUUUCCUCUUUCUGUUGCGAGUCCUCUACAUUGGCACUUCUACCUGCUCAGUGUUUCUGGCUGUGUUGGGUUUAUUUGUGAGAUUAAUGUAACAAUAAAGUGAAAUCUUCCCUUC